AUGGAUAUUGAUCGUCCUGCAAAUGUGUCAUUUUUUGAUUUCGUUGGAGGAGUUCAACUUCUCCAGGGGGAGGACACCAGGACAGCCAUGCCUGUCAUCCUCAUCGGGAUCUGCGUGUCCGGAGCGGUUGGGAAUUUGCUCGUUUUGCUAAUUUUCAUCCGUGACUUUAGAAACGGAAAGGGCUCAGAGGUGAAAGCGCUCCUCGCCUCUCUUGCCUCCACGGACUUGGUGAUCCUGCUGUUGUGCGCCCCCGUGCGCGCCGUCACCUACUACAAGCAGACCUGGACCUUGGGGAGCUUUGUCUGCAGCACUACGGACUGGUUCCAGCACUCUUGUGUGGUUGCAAAAACUUUAAUCCUUGCAGUCACCACCAGAGCCAAACACACUAUUGUUCCCAGAACCGCCACGGGUCCACUUUACAACCCAACGUGGAUUCACGGAGCCCUGGCGUUCAUUUGGAUUUUGUCAAUGAUGUUUCCGAUUCCCCAGAUGCUUUUUGCCUCUACGGUGCAGCAUGGCCGCGACACUAUUUGCGUCUCUGAAAUGCCAGUGUGCGCGUCUGACUUCAUGAGAUUCUUCUACAAGAUUUAUCCAACUGCGACCUAUGUGGUGCCGGUCAUCUUUACAAUUGCCUACUACACAAAAACGCUGCACACUGCGGUGAAUCACGCACCCAGCCCGCAGCAUCAGAGCAAGGUUAUCCUGGUUUUACUGUGUCUGAGUGGCGCCCUCGGGCUCAUGCUGCUGCCAGAGUGGGGGACAUUCACCUGGAUAAGGCUCGGGUAUAACAAACCUCCCGUCGGUUUGAUCAUCUUUGCGCAAGUCCUCCUUUACGCAUGCAGCUCCCUGUCUCCGGUGAUCUUAAUGACCAUGUACGACGACGUGCGCCAAGGACUGAUCACCAUCUGGUUCAUCGGGACCUGCAGAGGCCCAAAGCACCUCCCCAGGAUCAAGUGUCCAAAAACGGAGGGGAACGGAGCAGAACUCGGAGCCAACGCCGUCGCCAACGCGGUGUCACAGGAGAAGGAGAAGACCUUCCCAGAUGUGGAGCACUUUUGGACAGGGCGCAGAAACACACACGUCGAGGAGGAGCAGGAUCCGGUUCCGUGGGAGAGAGAGGAGAAAAUGUUGUAG